UGCGAGUUUAUUUAAGUGUGGUCACUCGGCUUGCUGAGCUUAGUUUUGGUUUUUAGUUCGAACUGUUUUGUGCAACGAACAAAGAUGAGGCAGCAUCUGUGGUCCAUAUUAUUUUUAGUGAUUUGUCUGACGGCGGCUGUGGUGAAAUCUGAAUCCUUCACCGAAGUUGAUAAUGAUGGCAAUGAAAUCGAGGUUAAACGCUUCUACAUUGAAGGCCGUCAGUUAAACGGUGGUCGGCGGCAAUGUUAUGAGACACGUAGACGCAAACGUUCUUCGGCUUACGGACAAGAAGAGGAUAAGGCCAAUGAUGAGAUUCUAACAUCUACGUCAACGGCGCCAAGCGGUAUUGACACCGCUGUCUCCAUAGAUGAGGAGGAUGACGUGGAAGCAGAUAAGCCGGUUGGUGUGUAUGAAAUAUUCCAUAAUAAUGAUGGCGGUGGCGAACAGAAUACGGCGGAUAAUGGUGCUGACGAAGCGGAAAAUGAGGUAGACAAGGCCACACUCAAUUUGCCUGUAGUGGCGCAUAUCACACAUCAAAGUAGCGUACAGUCUAAUACUCCCGCUGCUGGCAGCAACCACAACGGUAUAGUAAUUGUACAAACCAAUACGCCGCCCAAGGUGAAUCCACAAACACACGCGGUUUUUGAAUUACUGCCGGUGAGAAAUGAAGAAGACGGUGAAGACGAUCUUGAUGACUAUGGUGAGGAUUCCCAGCUAUUGUAUUAUGAAGAGAUAAGUCCAGUGAGCACCACAGCUACUUGGUCAACUGGUGAAAACGAACCUCUACCAUAUAGUCAGUCUGAGUUGGAGACUGACGCUGAAGACAAUUCUGAUAUAGAUGAGGCUGAGGAACAGAAUACCACAGCUAAACCCAAACCAUCGAAAAGGCCUACAAAGAGACCUACGAAAAAACCAACCAACAAGCCCUCGCGCAAACCUUCCAGAAGACCUAACAAUAAGCGUCCAAAUACAUCGGGCAGCAAACGUCGUCGACCAAGCAAAAAGAAUAAGAAUUCGCCUGCAAGACGUGGCACGGGCAACAAAAAGAGACGUCGACAACGUCCCGAUUACCAGAGUGACGAUUUCGAUGGUUUGCGCCUAACAGCCAAUCGUCUCAAAAAUCACAAACUAAACAAUUUAAAACAUAAACGUAAACAGUUGAAUAAGGAGAAUGAAGAAAACCAAGGCACAAAUACUUUUACAAAGACCGAGACGCUUACACGUACCGGUACAGCCGACGAUGAGAAGAAUGUAAACUGUAUUAUUAUCAAUAAAACCACGACACCGCGCCCAUUCUGGGGCCUAUUCGGUCGUAGCGCUGAUGGUGAUGACGCUGAGGCAACCACCGCGAAACCCUACGGCAGAAGGAAGCGCAUUAACUUCAGUCUGCCGGCAUAAGUUUAUUUGACCGCUGCAGGAUGUAGGGAAAUAGAAUUAAUUUUAAUUUAAUAUUUAUUCAUUUAUUAUUUUUUUUAUAAAAGAAAUAAAGACAUGUACCAAAUGUU